AUGUAUGAUGUUGUCUGGCCAGCUUUUGCUUUGCCGCUCUCGCAUGCAUCCAAUUUCAACAGUUUCUUGCAUCCUGAUCCUGCAGAGGCUGUUAUGACCUGGAACUCCUGUUUUAUCUAUCUAUCUAUCUAUCUAUCUAUCUAUCUAUCUAUCUAUCUAUCUAUCUAUCUCUCUCUCUCUCUAUAUAUAUAUAUAUAUAUAUUAUCUGUCAUUGCCGUGUAUGUGAAUCUUGUGUACGUACGCCGUCCGGUGGAUAAUAAUUUACGUUUCUUACCACCUCUCUCUUUUCGCCUCUCUCUUUUCACUUCUCUCUCUUUUCACCCCUCUCCCUUUCAACCUCUCUCUUUCCACUUCUCUCUUUCAACCUCUCUCUCUUUCCACCUCUCUCUCUUUCCACUUCUCUCUCUCUUUCCACCUCUCUCUUUUAACCUCUCUCUUUUCACCUCUCUCUCUUUCCACCUCUUUCUUUCAACUUCUCUCUCUUUCCACCUCUCUCUUUCCACUUCUCUCACUCUUUUCACCUCUCACUCUCUCUCUUUCCACUUCUUUCUUUCAACUUCUCUCUCUUUUCACCUCUCUCUUUCCACUCCUCUUUCUCUUUUCACCUCUCUCUCUCUUUCCACCUCUCUCUUUCAACCUCUCUCUUUCCACCUCUCUCUUUCCACUUCUCUUUCUCUUUUCACCUCUCUCUCUCUGUCUUUCCUCCUCUCUUUCAACUCCUCUCUCUUUCCACCUCUCUCUUUCCACUUCUCUCUCUCUUUUCACCUCUCUCUCUCUGACUUUCCUCCUCUCUCUUUCAACUCCUCUCUUUCCACCUCUCUCUUUCCACUUCUCUCUCCCUUUUCACCUCUCUCUCUCUCUUUCCACCUCUCUCUUUCAACCUCUCGCCUUCAACCUAUCUCUUCUCUCCACUUUAUUUCCACCUCUCUGUGA